AUGAGCGCGCAUAGUGGCUCUCGUGGUGGACAGAACCAGAAUACCACCUGGGGAGAGUCGGGUGAUCAGCUUUCCACGGGGCCAGCUCAGGAACAACAUGUCCCCGUGCGAGGCUUCAAUGCUGCCGAGGCGAAGGGGGCUCUCAAGAGAAAUUCAAGAGAGCCGAAGCCCUUCUUCUAUAAACCCGGAGGAAAGGACACAAAUCGCUCUGGACCUUGGGGCUCGAAACCAAACACUAUGGCCAAUGGCAAGGAUUUCUUCCUCGAGCUUCGCAAACAAAUCACCACUCUGCGGCAAGGUGACAAUGUCGCGGGUGGUUGA